GCACAGAGACCCAGUGAUGAUAUGAUGAUGGCAUUGCAUAGAGAAGCACAGAGACCCAGUGAUGAUAUGACUAUGGCAUUGCAUAGAGAAGCACAGAGACCCAGUGAUGGUUUGACUAUGGCAAUGCAUAGAGAAGCACAGAGACCCAGUGACGGUAUGACUAUGGCAAUGCAUAGAGAAGCACAGAGACCCAGUGAUGAUAUGAUGAUGGCAUUGCAUACAGAAGCACAGAGACCCAGUGAUGAUAUGACUAUGGCAUUGCAUAGAGAAGCACAGAGACCCAGUGAUGAUAUGACGAUGGCAUUGCAUAGAGAAGCACAGAGACCCAGUGAUGAUAUGACGAUGGCAAUGCAUAGAGAAGCACAGAGACCCAGUGAUGGUAUGAUGAUGGCAAUGCAUAGAGAAGCACAGAGACCCAGUGAUGAUAUGACGAUGGCAAUGCAUAGAGAAGCACAGAGACCCAGUGAUGGUAUGAUGAUGGCAAUGCAUAGAGAAGCACGGAGACCCAGUGAUGAUAUGACUAUGGCAUUGCAAAGAGAAGCACAGAGACCCAGUGAU